AUGCCCCCCAGAAAGCUCCGAAAAGGCACCCACAGCUGCUGGGAAUGUCGACGACGCAAAGUCCGCUGCCAGUUUCCCUCACCCAAUGCUUCAAUCUGCACUCCAUGUAGCAUCCGAGGCAGUCCUUGUCGGAGUCAGGAUGUAGUGGAUUCGCAACCGCCGCCGCGGGAAAGAACCCAUGCGCAACGCCUCGAUCGGCUCGAGGUGUUGAUGCAGAGGUUGGUGGAGCGGAUUCUGCCGGAGGAUGUUUCAGCGAGGGGUCUCAGGGAUGAGGUGUCUAUUGAGGCAGGUUCGAUCUCGUCUAUAUCAGGGACAGGGGAACAUAGACACCGAAUUCCGCAGGAUGAAGGGGUAGAAACGCCAGGUGCUGGUGGAACGUCUCUUGGUUUGCCACUGGGCUCUCAAACCAUCCCUGACACAUCUCCCGCAUUGGUUCUAGAGACGGGGGGCUGGUCGGACAGUCCACUAAGCCUCCAUGAUGCGAAUUGGGUGAUCUCCCAACGCCUCCAUGCACUCUUUCGAUCCCAGAAGGACAUGAACACCAUCGUUGAAUCAAGCCCCGGGAGACUCUUGCUUGCUGCUUUACUCAGCCGAGAUGCCGAUGGUACACUCAUCCCCACCGAAAAUAUCGCAACGAUUCCCCACAUCACAAGCAGUCCGUUCAUACUCGCGCGAAGGCUUCUCCAGCUGGCCAUUUGCAUGCAGCAGCUCAGUCCAUCCUUCGACACAAGGCAGCUUGCACUGCAAGUACCUGUCGCAUCCGUCAUGACCCAUGUAGUUUCCACGGUCUCCAGCAUCAUCUCCAAUGACGAUCUGGUAGCCAAUGUCGAUGGUCUCCAAUGCAUUCUCUUACAUGGACUCUGGCAUAUGAAUGCAGGCAAUUUGCGCAAAGCGUGGCUUACCUUUCGCAGAGCAAUCAGUCUCGCACAGCUUGUUGAUAUUGGUCCCGGAAAUGCCAUGCUGCACAGUCUCAUGUCCAGCGAGGCUUCAACCCAUGACAAACUCUGGUAUCUCCUCGUCGCCUUCGAUCGAUACCUGUCACUCUUCCUAGGUCUCCGCAUCGAUAUGCGGGACGAUAGUUUUGCCUCGGAGGAGUCAACCAAGAAUCACAGUCCUGAAGAAAAGCUUGAGAAACUACACACUGUGAUUGCAGCACGAAUCGCGGAUAGAAACCUCACCCAGAGCAAACAAAACUACGCUAUCACGCAAGCCAUUGACUAUGAUCUCGACACGGGCGCCAAAAGAAUGGGUCAAGCCUGGUGGUUUCAUUCAAGCACAGGGUUGUGUGAGAUUCCUGAGCAGAGCUGGCAGCGCAUGAGACAGCUCAUGAUUCAAAUCCACCAUUUCAGUCUGCUGGUCCUGUUGCAUCUGCCAUAUCUACUCAAGGACCCCACCGAGGAUCGAUAUAUAUAUAAUCGGAUGACCUGCAUCCGCUCGAGUCGGGAGAUCCUGACACGAUUUAUCUCCCUUCGCCAAGACAUAGAAUCUAUCUUUUCGUGUCGCCACAUUGACUAUGCGGGGUCGAUUGCUGCGAUUACACUCUUAUUGAGUUAUCUUCCUCAAGGGCACAGCGCCCCUGUUCCUGAUACUCAGCGGGAAGAAGAUAGGAGGCUGGUCGGUCGAGUGAAGGACAGAAUGGAGCAGGUGGCUGUCUUGAACCAGGAUAAAUUCUUGUACGAAACCGCUCAGAUCAUUACGCAGCUUCUGCCUGUUUUUGACGACUCCACAAACAAAAUGACUUUGUCGACGAAAGACAGCCCUAAUGAGACUAUUCAACUCAAAAUCCCAUAUCUCGGUUUGGUCAACAUAUCCUUGGAACCGAGGCAGAGAGAAAAUGAGGCCAUCUCUAAUGUGGCUGACGAGCCCUCGACUCGCGGACCAUCUCAUCUGCCUUCACCCAGCCACCAACUCCAGACGAAUGAGUGGGAUAUACACGACUUCAUCCAUGUCGAGGAAGCUCUCGCUGACGGUCAGGGCCUUCCGACACUCACCGCAGAAGCCAAUGACUGGCCGUUUCAAGGCAUCGACACCAAUUUCUGGUCUCUUUUGCAGAGCAGCAUGGCGGUGGACUCGGAUUAUGAGCCUACAUAUUAG